GGCAGAUUGGAAGGGUGGAAGUUUCUGUGGUGUUUUUCUCUUUCCAUCCCAUUGGGAAUUUGGUAUGGUUCAAGCAAUUUGUCACAUGAUGCAUGAUCUUCCCACGCGGCUCGAGUGACUCAUACAAUUGUUGUCUGUUCACACCCAAGACCAAUGGCCUGGGCUGUACAAACCGCUUGGUUGAGUGCCUUCUUGGCGACUGCUGCAUGGGGCAUUCGUGGUGAGGUGGAUGAGUCUGGAGGUCCAAAGAUGACUGUGAAGUUGAGAACUGGAGGCUUCCAGCAAAAGGAGAUUGAUUGGCUACCGAGCUCAUUGAGCACUUGCUGGGAGGAUGAUAAGAUGGCAAAGAUGGCUGAAUGCAUCCAAGAAGCAUGCAAGGAAGCUUGGACCAAGAAGAAUCGUUCCCCAGCUGAAGUGGCAAUAUCGGGCCCGCAGAAGAAGUAUCAGGUUUUUGUAAGCAGAGGAAAUUCCGGUCUGGGCCGGAACAACAAUGAAGACACUCUCGCCAUGUGGUUUACUCCUCAGGAGGGCAAGAUCCAAGCCAGAGUCAUUUUUAUCAUCGCCACGUACUGAGUCAAAGCCCAUUUUCAGAGCCCUUGUCCAUGCAAAAUGUGAGAUGGACUGGCAAUGUGGAGUUGCCUCACGGGUCUUUCGCUGCGAAUAAGACAUAAGACACAGCAUCACUCGAAGAAGACAUCGAUUUCUGCAUGUCCCUUCUAUUUGUGCCAGCCUGCUGUUCUUAGUUUAGAGAUGUGGUUCAUUUACCUGUAUGUUGCUAGGUUAUCUUGGGGCUCAUGCACUUAUUCACA